AUGUCAUCGCUGCGGCAGCGUAAGGGCGUUUCAACCAAUGCAUCUUUAUCUACAAUCGAUAGUGUAUCGUCUUCUGAUUCCAGUGGUACUCUACUAUCAUCUGUAGACGAUGUAGAUGCCAAGAAAGAUGAAUCCGAAACAAGAGACUGGCCGUCCAUUUUGCUAUUAUUACUAUUGUACACUUUACAAGGUAUUCCUAUGGGUUUAUCCAGUAGUAUUCCAUUCAUCUUGCAGGAAAAAGUGGGUUACGGAGACCAAGCAACAUUCAGUCUUGUGUCUUGGCCUUUUAGUCUUAAACUGCUCUGGGCGCCAUUCGUAGACUCGCUCUACAGUGAACGCUUUGGCCGUCGCAAGUCGUGGCUCAUUCCCGUGCAGUUUACAUGCGCAGCACUUAUGGUGAUCGGUAGUUGGUUUAUGAGUGAUCUACUGGGUGAAGGUGAAGGUCAGAAACCGCAUGUUGUUUACCUUACGGUCUUCUUUUUUGUUCUCUACUUCAUGAUGGCCACACAGGAUAUUGCCGUAGAUGGUUGGGCCAUUACUAUGCUCUCUGAGAAGAAUGUGGGUCAUGCAUCUACGUGCAACACAGUGGGUCAGACAAUUGGCUACUUUAUGGCGUAUGUGGGCUUUCUGGCCCUUAACGACCCAGCCACGUGUAACAACUACUUGCGCAGCGAACCGACAGAUGAAGGCAUUGUGUCGCUGUCAGGUUUUAUGAGCUUUUGGGGAUGGGUCAUGUUCUUCACCACACUAGGCGUGUGGAUCUUUAAGCAUGAAAAACCUGAGGACGAGAGUAGCGAGCGGUUGAGCAUUGCUCAGACCUACUCGCAAAUGUACUCGGUGUUGCGUCUACCAAGUGUCGUGUCGCUGUCAGUGGUACUGCUUACGAGCAAGAUUGGAUUUGCCGCUGCAGAAAGUGUAGCAUCGCUCAAGCUGGUAGAAUAUGGUAUGAAGAAGGAGAAGCUGGCAUUGCUGACGCCAAUACUCAUUCCGCUCGGUAUCGUGAUCCCGGUGAUGAUCGGUCGAUGGAUUAAACCGUCACAACCGCUCAAUCUUUUUCUUUGGGGUUAUCCCGUGCGACUAGCUGUGGGACUUUUGUAUGCUGGGCUAGUGUAUAUUACACCUACGGCUAUGGCGCAGGAGGAAAGUUCCCACUUUAUCUUCUACGGUGUGAUUCUGCUAAUUGGUGCGCUGCAUGAAGUUGCAGCCAACAUGAUGUACGUCCCGCAAAUGGCCUUCUACGCUCGUAUCAGUGACCCGUCCAUCGGUGGGACAUACAUGACUUUCCUCAACACGAUCACGAACUUGGGCACUAAGUGGCCUAACUCGCUUAGCCUUGCUUUUGUGGAUCAUCUUACCACGCGCGAGUGUUUGGGCGGCCACUUCCACAACGAGGUGCUGGACAUUGGAUCCCGCACAUGCUCGGAUGCUGGGCAGCGCGAGGCCUGUGCUGACGCUGGAGGUGAGUGCCUCAUCGUGCGCGAUGGCUUUUAUGUAGAGUCGAUCAUUUGUCUUGUGAUCGGCGUCGUCUGGCUGCUCUUCUUUUACCGUCGCAUCCAAUUCCUGCAAAAUCUUAAGAUCGAUAAGUGGCGCGUGGAUAGCUCUGCUGAUUAG